AUGAAUAGAAGUAAGUGCAGAAGAAGAAGCUCAAGUAAAAAAUAUAAAUUUUCUAGUGGCGAUUCAACUUACUGUAAACCAAUAAUAAAAAAUUCAUCACAUAAUAAUGACUCUAGUGAAGAAGAAAUAGAAUUUGAGGGAUGGAUAGAAUUUGUCACAAAAAAAGAUAAAAAUGAAAAUAAUACAUCCAUAGGAAAAAAUAAGAAAUGUGACAAGAAUAGAAAUACUAGAAAAUUAUCAAAUUCACCAAAUGAAACUAUUUUAAAAAAUAAUGCUGAAAAGCAUGGUACAUCUUCCAAAAAAACAUCUACCAAAAAUAAUACCAAUAAAAAUGAGGACAAUUCUGAAAAUUCUUAUGCAUCUACAAAUGUUGUAUAUAUGACACCUGAGAAUAUCUCAAAUGAUAAUAUAUAUCAGGUGGUAGAUAGUGGGCAACAUACAUUAUUUAUAAAUACACAAGAAAAAAGAGAAAAUACAUUGAAUUCGUUAAAUCCAAUUUUUGUUGAUCCUAUAUCUCCAAUUAUUCUAAAAAAUCAACAACUUUUUCCUCAGUUAUAUGUAAGACAGCCACCAACUGUGAUUGUGACAAAUGAACAAAGGCCUCCUUUAGUUAUAAAUCCACCACCAGCUAAUGUUAUUUUUAAAAAUCAAUCUCCACAACCUAUAUAUGUAAAUAAUGCAAGGCCAAAUAUAAUAAUAAAAAAUGAUCCUCCAAUUUUGCAGCACCCUAUUAAUAUGGAUACUACACCCAUUCAGGUAGAUUGCGCUACUGAAAAUUGUUCUGUUAGAAAAGAAGCUUUAAAAUUUCCUUGUUCAAUGAAUAUUAAAGGAGGAGAUUCAGUAGCUAAUAAUAAAAAUGGUUAUUUAAAAGGGAAUGCUAAUACUGUCAGUACAUCAAUGCCAGCUAACUUUAUACAAUUAGAUAAUAAGUUAGGUGAUAUUACUCUGCAAACAUUACCAAAUGUUUACAUGAUGAAUGAUACUCAAUGUUCAAAUUUUUAUCAAACACAAAAUUCUACUGUAUCCCCAAAUAAUAAUAUCAUCCAUGUUCAACAAAAUCCUGCUUUCAAUGAAUAUGAAACUAAUUUUGUUCAAAACAUACAAACUCCAUACCCACAAGUAAUUUCUCAACAUGAACAAAAUGGAAAUUUAUUAAAUCAACAAGCUAUAGGAAAUCCAGUAACACAAGUAAUUUCAUCUCCAACAGUUCAAACAAUGACACCUACAGGAGUUCAAGUAAUGCCUCAAAUACAAAAUUUUGAAUCUUUUGCUAAUUUCCACACACCAGUUACCUAUGAAAACAAUUAUGCACAACAGGUUGCACAUACCACAAUUGCAAAUGGAACUCCACAAGUUAUUCAUCAAAGUCCUAUUUCAACAACUACAGUUGUACAAGAACAAGUAUCAAAUAAUCCUUCAGCUCAAUUUAGAACGCUUAUUCCAACUAAUGCUAUAUCCAAUACAACAAACGUAGUGAAAUUUCAGAACUCUGUACCUCAACAAUUAAAUGUAAAUAAAUCUAACAUGCAAGCAUCAUGUGCUCCUACCCAAGUUUUAUCAUCUUUCCCACCUGUAGGUUGCAUUCCAACAAAUAAAUUUAUGCAAAUUCCCUCCCUAAGAAGAAAUACAUAUGUUAAUCCAAACGUUAAUCCGAUGUAUCAUAGUCCUAAAAAAGUUCAGAUAAUUGCUCGCCCUAUGUAUGAUGGGGAUUUCAGAGGUUACAAUGUAUGUAGAUAA